AUGUUGGAAUGAAGAUCAGGAUCUACGACCAACAGCUGAAGAAUUAUAUCGUACAUUUUCAAACUGGUAUGAAUUUUAUGAAGCAAAAAAUCUUGAUCAAGACUUUAUAUCCGAUGACAUCAGACAGGCUAUUAGGCAAUUUCAAAAAGCGGAUGAAGUCCAAUCGCCUAAUGAAAAUACGGAUCAGGAUCAUUCCGAAGCCAAUUAUAAAAGUCAAUCUCUCGAUCCUUACGUAGAUCGAUACAAAGAAUAUAUAAAGAGUGAAAUUGAAAAAAACAAAGCGGCGGUUGAAACUAAUAAACAAGAAGAUUACAGACACGACUCAG